AUGGAGAAUUGCGUUCCUGACCGCGAAGGAUUUGCGUCCUUCGUUAUUGACGGAGAAGUCCAUCAAACGUGGUACAGGAUCGUCGGAGACGUACCGACUCGUUCCCGCCCCCCACUUAUCAUUUUGCACGGCGGCCCGGGACUCUCUCAUGACUACCUCCUCCCUCUCUGCGACCUCGCCACUUAUGGGUCGAUCCCCGUGAUCUUCUACGACCAACUCGGGAAUGGCCGUUCGACCUGUCUUCCAGAUAAGCCUCAGUCGUUCUGGAACAUGGGACUAUUCAUGGACGAGCUCGACAACCUCAUCGCGCACCUGGGGAUCGGCGAGGCCUUCGAUAUCCUUGGCCAGUCGUACGGCGGCAUGCUGGGUGCCCAAUACGUCGUCGAACGGCAGCCACCAGGCUUGCGGCAUCUCAUUCUGAGCAACUCCUUCGCGUCCAUGGAUCUAUGGAACCAAUCGCUCGCCCAGUUGGCCCAGGCCUUCCCACCGGAAGUGCAGGAAGGGCUUCGGCUGGGCAUCAGCGAUCCGCCGAAGUACGAAUUCGGGCUCAUGAAGUUCUACGAGGUCCAUGGGUGCACCGUCCAGCCGUUUCCGGCCGAGUUCUCGCGGACCUUCGAAUACGUCUUCGGAGACAAUCGUGAUCUCACUGUCGCUGCCGCAAUGUUUCCCUACCUGCAGGGCUGGUCAAUAUUUGAUCGACUGCAUCUCAUCAAGGUACCCACCUUCGUUGUGAAUGGGCGGGCUGACUUCGCGCAAGAGUUCGCGGCAAGACCGUUUUUCGAGCGCAUUCCCAAGGCGAAGUGGCUGACGUUCGAACAGUCGAGCCAUAUGCCGUUCUGGGAGGAGCGGGACAGCUACAUGCGAGAAAUCAGGAGCUUUCUGGAGUUGACGGAUUCGACGUGA